UAUCACCUUUCUUACAAAAAUCGCAGCAUAUAAUAAAUUCUUACUAUAAUCGGAAGCUUUCACUUCACUGCUCCAUGGCAAAACCACAAGAAUCCGAUCCUCUUCCUCCCACAGAAACCCUAGAAUUCAAAUGGGGAAAAAUGCGCGGCAAAGGUGGCAAAAAGAAAGACACACAAUUCUAUGAAUCAUUCACUUUAGACGGUGAAGAUUACUCUCUCUACGAUACUGUUUAUCUUCAAAAUGGAACUCAAUCUGAACCUCAUAUCGCUAAAAUCAUCAAGAUUUGGGAAACUCCUACUCGGAUCAAGUUGAGGAAAAUUAAAGUUCAGUGGUUCUUUCGUCCUCGUGAGAUUUCUAAGUUUCUCAAAGGGAUUCAGAUUUAUUAUAAUGAAUUGUUCUUUGCUUGUGGUGAUGGAACUGGUCUCACUAAUAUCAAUCCUCUGGAAUCUAUUGCUGGGAAAUGCAAUGUUGUUUGCAUUUCAAAGGAUGCUAGGAAUCCCCAACCAUCGGAUGAAACACUUCAAAAAGCUGACUUUGUGUUCUAUCGCUACUUUGAUGUUGGGCAGCGUAAAAUUGUGGAAGAGGUAGAUGACAAGAGUGUUGGAAUGGAAGUUACGAACUUAUUUAACAAAAUCGCAUAGUCAAAAGCUUGCUGCUGCUGUAAAACAUUAUAUAUACAAGAAAGGAGUUGGUUGGGAAUGCCUUGAAAAGUAGUGAAGUCGCUUUUCUGAGUAAUAAAAAUAGUCAGCAUGUAGUUAAAAAGUAUCUGGCAAAUAUGAUGUUAUAUUAGUUACAGAAAGGGGAUGUUACAUUUACUUGGAAUACUAAAUCACUAUGGGGUAAAAACCUUCUUAGAAGAAAAUUACUCAGAGGUUCAAUUGUUUUCAUGACAGAGGAAGUUUCCUAGACGCUGUAGAAAUUGUGUUUGUGUGAUAUUUGAAUAUGAAGUUUGGUGCUUGUGAUAUUUGAUUAUGAAAUUUGGUGCCUUUAAUAAUGUAGUUUUGUAGGUUGAUGCGUUUCAUAUACGUUCACUUACUACCAUCGUUAUUAUUUAGUAGAGACUGAGGAGUGUUGUAACUUAAAUGUAGGCAUUUGAGCCAGCUCAUGGCUUCCUAUAUGUUAGGUUUUAGGUUUUCUAGAUUUUCCAUUCACAACUAAUGUGGUCAAUCAUUGUGCUGGUAGACUGUUAUCUUUCUCUCUGGAUAUUAGCAAAUAAGUUGAGGAUUGUUUAUUUAUGUCA